CAAACAAACGAUAUUUAAUCCAAAAAAUACCCAAGGAGAAGAAACAAUAGCAAGAUGCGUCUAACACUUCUAGCGCUCAUUGGAGCUGUCUGCAUAGCCUUGAGCUUGGCCCAGCAAUUGGAUGACAAGAAGGAGGAGCACAUUGAUCUGUUGCAGGUUGCUGAUCAAGGAAACGCCCAUGCCAAUGAGGGCAAUCGAGAGGCCCGUCAAUGGGGCGGCGGCUGGGGUGGACGCGGCGGCUGGGGACGCGGCGGCUGGGGUGGCGGCGGCUGGGGCCGCAGCGGCUGGGGCGGCGGUGGCUGGGGCCGCAGCGGCUGGGGCGGCGGCUGGAGACAAUAA